UCAAGGGUUCUUGGGUGUAAUAGGCUUAUUUCUGUUAAAAAAUAUAAGUUAUGGCCAGAAUCUUCAUGACCAAGUUGCUUACUGCAAACAAACAAAAUGUUAUCGUCGUUUCCAGACAUUGUCAGUCAAUAACAGGGGUUCAGAAAGUAGACGACGUGUUGGUAAAAUUGACUGGAGGCCGGAUUUCGGGAUGGGUCGAGGUGGUCGGUCAAGUGUCUGGACAGACGGAAGUCAGACAGUCACAGGACGCAGUACUCGUGGCUGAGCAACUGUUUGAACAGAAGCAAGAUGAAAGACAAAAACAGACUCGAAUUCUGAAAGAGUUGCAAAAUCAGCUUAAACAAGCUACUGAGGAGAGGGAAUCACAAAAUAGAAUAAGAGGGACACCAGAAUAUAUGAAAAUAGUGGAGAGAGAAAAUAACUUGUAUGGUCAGGUAGAUGAACUUCAGUCAAAUAUAAAUGUUCUUGAGGAAGACGAGAGGAAAUGUUUCAUAAAAAUGUCAUCAUCUAUUAGAUCCAGUCAGGCCAUUGAGCGUUUUCAUUCUCGACGAUCUCAGCAGUUUGGGUAUGUUUUAACCAUUGUUGGCGUUUGUUUAGGAGGAAUCAUAUCCUUUAUUGUCAAUCAACAAAAGAUGAAAGGAGUUUAUAAAACUGUGUCAUCAUUAACGGAUUUGGCAGAUGAUUAUAAAGGUGAGAUGGAAAAACUCCGUGAACAGAAUAAGCAACAACAGGAAAAAAUAAUUGAACUUAUGACCCUACAACAUGGUAAGCACAGUGACUCAGGAGUUAGUACCAAGUCAACAAAGCAAAGUGCGUCAAUGGAAAAAUGCCUUCAAGAGAUCUUACAGACUGUCAACAGUCAAGAAGUUGUGCUGACCAGAAUGGGCAAAGAUUUUGGUGAUCUGAAGACACUUCACGAAUCUGAUAUUGUCCGAGACAGCAGAGGAGAUGCAGUUCACGUCGGUCCAGAGAUGAAGAAAAUACUUACUGAAAAUCAGAAACACCUGGAAUGGAAAAUAAAAGUGACAGCAUUAGUGAGUCUGGUGUUGACUGUACCCAUCAUUUACAUUGUUAACAAAGGCAUUGGGGGCAGUUGAUGUGAAUGAAUUAUAGAGUACAAAUUGAAAGUACUGUGUAACAGAUUUAUUUCACAAAGUCCCAAUUUUGCCACUUAGUAAAACAAAUCAGGAAGUCAAAUUUCAGGUAUGUCACAGUGUAAUGUCAACUCUUUCUCAUUUCAUAAUUUGUAAUUUUGAUAUAUUCCUCCGGUGAUUUUGUUAUAUUGGUGGAAAAUCUUGAAUGGUAUGUUUUCAAACAGGAUAGUGGAGCUAGUCAAAAAACAUAGAUGAUUGUUUCUCAGUUUUCACAGAAAUAUAAUGUAGAAUUAUUCAAUGUCGUCAAAACUCUACAAGUGUAUCUCCAGUAACAUCUGAUUUACCAAAACUUUUUUGACAUCUUUUUUAAUCUAACCAGUAUCUGGUGUCCAUAUUGUUUAAUAGUCCACAGAUUUCACUCUUCUCUGUUUCCUGUUUUGUUACUUAUGUCUUUAGUUGCAUUACUAGUUCCAAGUCCAACCUUGUAAUAAAUUAUUUUUUUGAGGACAUUUAUUACUUCAAUAAUACAUAGAACGAUUUACCCGGUAUUAAGGUAUUCAUACAGAAUUAUUUUACAGUCAGGUUUUUUUUGCAUUUGUUUAUGGCCAAUGGCACAAAUGGUGCCUGCAGCACUAGACCUAAUAAAUUAUACUGGUAAUUAUAAGGUCUAUUUUCUUGCAGAUUGAUGUGUGCAUAUUGUCAUGGUGUCUUAAUUUUCUUAUACUGAAUCCCUUAUUAAGAACAUAUAACUUGUAAUGAUAAUCAAAUACAAGUUUCUGUAGUCAUGGCUACACUUUAUUAAAUUGACAACAUGGAAUAUGUCUUACAAACUGGUGAUUAAAAAAAUGAAAAAAAAAUAACCUUGGGUGGUUUCUGUUCUUAGUGCUUGACUACUUGUUGAAAUACUAAUGUAGUUCAAUUCCAGUAUCAAAAUAAGCAUUCAUAACUUUAAGAGGCAGCACUUGUGUACAUUUGUCCUGCAACUGAUGCUGCCAUUGUCCAAAUAUACCUGCCACAUAUAUUUUUUGUUGCAUUUGGCACUGACGGGAAAGAGCUGUAUUUUAGCUUGUGCCUUUACUUAACAGAAUCACAAGUUUAUUUAUGAAAAUUCAUUAAAUCCCUGGUCAGUGUCUUAAAAUACAAACUGCAUUUUGGCUUGGGACAAAAUGACAAAUGUUGGUGUCCAUUUUUUUCUUUCUCCACCUUUGCCAAAACACAGCUCAUAUUUUAAGACACUGACGAUGUAUUCUCUAUGCAUGUUUUCAGGAUGUGUUGUGGUAUUGAUUCUUAUACAACAGUAAAUUAUAUUCCAUCCAAAAUUUCAUCCGAUUAUUUUUGCCAUUUUAUUCAGUGACAUGUUUGAAUUUUGUUAAGCAAAGCUAUUUACAACAUAUCGGCGAUUUCAAGAUUUUCAUAGUGGUUUGAAUGUUAGGAAUAUAUCCUGUAUAAAAUCCUUUUUUGUAGGUUCUAUAUCAUUGCAUAUCAUCAAAAUACUUCCAAUAAUUUAAUGACUGACCAGAAGGCUUCCAUAUUACUGUUAUUGCAUUAUCAUUACAACAUUGAUGUAGAAACGCUUUUUUGAUACAGUUGCAGAAGGUAUUUUAAUUGGUACUACCUACCUGUCGGUGAAAAAAUGUUUCCAUAGAGUACAUGAAUAUGUUUUAUUAGGUAAUCGCCUCAUAGAAGCAGACAAUAUCUUAGAUAUGCAAUUUGACUUUCUCCAUCCUAAGAUGAAGAUCCAAGGGGCAUAGUUUGACACUCCUUACCCAUGGUGGUUUGUUUCUCAGGAACCUGAAAAACCUGCCAUCCUGUGCUGACAAGGUUAUAUCCCCUGUCAUGGAUUUUCGGAUUUCUCAAAUUUCUUAAAUAGAAUUAUUUGAAAUCUAAACAUGUGCAGUUUUUAGAAUGAAUUUGGAAAGAAUAUCAAUUUCUACUGCUUAAAAAUAUGCAAAAAAUUUAAGGUAGUUAGGUCAGCAAAAUCCUUAUCUUAACAAAUGAGUUUAUAUGGUCCAUAUGGCACAAGUGAUGUUACAAGUGAUAAAUGUUUUUGUAUUUAUUGAAUUUGUGACUUUUAUUUGUGUUCAUUUGCGUAAGUGUGCUGUUUCAUUACAUAAUCUAGUAGGCCCUGAAUCGACAUACUAUUGUUUUUGCAUGUUGUACAUGUUCUGGACAAUGACUGACCACUUGACCUGUGACCUGUGCUGUGUUAUUAUUUCUUCCUUUUCCAGCCUAACCUUUCUUUCUUUCCUUACUUUUGCACUGAAAAGACAUCUUGUCAAUAUUUUACCAUAUUUUAACCGUCAGGCCAUACACAUGGUAAGUCUUUGAUUUAUAUUGCAUACUAAAAGAUUAUUUACUAUUUCAAGUAAGUAAUUCAAUUAUCUUACAUUGUAUAUUUUCAAAUGAUAAAUCUGUGCUAGAUAAAUAUAUCUCUUUAAGUAAUUCUCAUCUUAUGUUUAGAUCUUGUGUAGCAUAUUUAUAACAAGAGGCCCAUGGGCCUUAACGGUCAUCUGACAAAAAGCAAGCCA